AGUCAAAUCUCAGUCGUUGGAAAGGGGAGACUGCACGCCUUGGAUGACCCGCUCGGAGAUCCCUACUAAUGGUACAAUUAUAUCCUAAGGUCGCGGGGAGAAUAAUAGAAUAAUAUUAUUUGGUUUACUAUGUUCCGCUCUAGAAUAAUGUUAUUUGGUUUUCAGUAUUAUUUGGUUUAAAUUAGUGCCGUCAGUUAAACGUGUUAUUAACGGCUAAUUAACGGUUACUUUUUUUAUCGCGCGAUUAACGCAAUUUAUUAUUUAAUUUAUUUAUUUAUUUAUUUUUCUUUGGCUCAAAUACAAAGAAGCAGUAGCCUGACUGCUAUGUUCAAGGCAGUAUGUUUGUAUGUUCAUCGUUUAAUUGCACUAUAGGCUUUUUUUUUGUAUCGUCCUGUUUUGAUCAGUAUAUGCCAAUGUUGUUAUCAAUAAAAAAACAUUUGCACAAGGCAAGCCGAUGCACUUCUCCAUGUUGAUUAGAGCAUUAAAAUGAGAAAAAUUAAUGGGACAAAGAAAUGAAGGGAUAUUUAGCAUUAAAAAAAAAUGUAAUUAAUCACGAUUAAUCGUGAGUUAACUAUGGCAUUAAUGCGAUUAAUCGCGAUUAAAUAUUUUAAUCGCUUGACAGCACUAGUUUAAAUAUUAUUUGGUUUAGUAGCCUAUAUGGCCAUUGACAACUUGACAAGGCCGACGAGGCUGUGAUCGAAAUGCGGGACAGGAGCUGUACCGUACGGGACAAAUCAAAAUCUUCCGAAAUACAGGACGUCCCAGACAAUCGGGACGGUUGGCAACCCUAAUCCUGGAGCCCCAGGCAGCCAAACGAACAAUACUUGACAGUUCAGCACACUACUGUUGCCACACCCACCUCUCAGUUGAACUGCUGACUAGGUUGUUGUCAACUUUUUCGUUGUUGUCAUGACAGCGCACGCACGUGCAUACCAGACACACGCUGGGAAGGAACUUUUAGACGCGCGCUUUCCAAUUCGAAAAAUGGCGGAAGAGACUGAGGCACUGCCAAUUCCAAUAAAAAAGGUGAGAAGGUGUGGGUACAAGAAAGACUGGGAAAAUUAAUAUUUGUGGCUGAAAGAUGUUGAGGGGGAUACCGAGAGGGCUUUUUGUGACCUUUGCAAAACGUCCUUCUCAAUCGGACAUGGAGGGGAAUACGAUGUCAAACGACCAGAGGUGUCAAGUAACGAAGUACAAAUACUUCCUUACCUUACUUAAGUAGAAAUUUUGGGUAUCUAUACUUUACUGGAGUAAUUAUUUUUCAGCCUACUUUUUACUUCUACUUCUUACAUUUUUACGCACUUAUCUGUACUUUAUACUCCUUCCACCUCAUUACUCCUAUUUCAUUUCGGCUUGUUUUUAUUCUGCCGGCGUUCAAAAAAACACAAACAAAAAAACCUAUCCAGAUAAUUCGCGCCAUCGGAUAAAGUGAAUUUGAUUGGUUGGAUGAGAAUAGAAACAUAUACCAUUCUGACUCCCUAUUGGUUAACACGCGAUCCAUGGCACCUGCGCAUGACCAGAGCCCGGCUACAUUCUCUGACAUGACGUAAAUCGCGCCACAUUCCAGCUACGAAAUAGCAGACGUAGAUGAGCGAAAUGUCCCAACCAAGUACUAGUGAGGAGGUUGGUAGCCAAGAAGACCAGGCAACCCUUCUACAUCCCGGGCCGUACCUGGAAGAAUCUUUUGAAAUGGUUGGAUGCAAAAACAACUCAUUUCAAAUGCACUGCAAGCUCUGUGCACCCAAGUACCAUGAGCUAAUGGCUAUCAAAAACUCGCCAUCUAAUUUGAAAAAGCAUAUUGGUAACUUUUUGUUGCAUGGUCUGUGCUUAACAGAUGUAGAUGCUGGUGUAGAUAUUUUUUUUUUUUUUCAGGAAGUGUUUAAUCACUAGCAAAGGUUUGGUUAGCACCGUCAGCUGGGCACUGCUGAUUUGUUAUGGUGCGUCCCAGUUCGGCAAGUUCUUACUCGUUACAUCUUACAUUCCUGCAGCUAAGCUUGGAUACAUACAUUUACAUUCCCAAUAAAGGCUUUUGAUAACAUGCCUUUGAAGUUUGACUGCACCAUUCCAAUACUUACAGGGAACUAGUCAUCAUAUCUUCCGCUCCAUGAAACACAUGUUAAGGCUCAGUAGUACACAUAUAUGGUUCUUUAAUGUAUUUGCAUUGUAUUAAUAUGCGUUCAUUAUCAAUGGGCAUAAAUGUGUCUGAAACAGGUGCAUCCCAAUUUUUUCAACAUUAACAUUAUAGUCAUUAGAUGGCAUUUGGAAAAAUGUAUUUUUGGGAGAAGUAGGGCAGUGUGCUAUAGAGGUGUGCUGUGUGUGUGUCACUAAUUCAGGGAUGGGAUAAAUGCAGAGACCAAAUUCCUUGUAUGUGUGAGCAUACUUGGCAAAAAAGCUGAUUGUAAUUCUAUAGGCCCCUGUGGCACGGCCUAAGCUUUAGUCCUUAAUGGCAUUUUUUCCCCCUUGCAUUAUACUUUAAUACUUAAAGUAGUUUUGAAACAAGUACUUUUAUACUUUUACUCGAGCUUGAGUUGAUACUUCAACUUCUACAGUAGUAUUUUGAAACGCUAGUAUCUAUACUUCUACUUGAGAAAUUAAUGUAAAUACUUUUGACACCUCUGCAAACGACACAGACUCACGGAGACUCACAAGAAACAUGUCCAACAGAAAGAGACAUCCAAUCUAUGGAUGCUUUCCUCCGACCUAAAAACGACUUUCUAGCUGACUAAGUGACUGCUGCAGAGGUGACGAGUGUGUAUCACACUGUCCAACACGCUACAUCAUAUCGAGCAGGAGGUUGUGGCACAAAGCUAGCCCCAACGAUUUAUCCAGACUCGGACAUUGCCAAGAGGAUGGCCUGUGGUCGGACGAAGGCAGAAGCCAUUGUCACGGAUGUACUUGCCCCUGCCUCCGUCGAAGAUUGCUUGAAAGUCCUCAGAAGACCACUGAAUGAGCAACGAGCACAACCAAAGGUAAAGUUAAAGUUAUGUUCAUGGAUGUAACAUUGUUGUGUGUUAGCUAUUUGUGUAACAUUAGCUAGCUAUUGUUAGCUAAUCAUCUUCUUCUGCUGGUAUGUUAAAAGUCAACAUUUCACAAUUCGUUAUCUCCCAAACUAAACAAAACUAUAAUUUUUGAAAAAGUCUAAAUAUUUCUAUAGAUCAUAUUUAUAUAAAAUCAAUAAUGAUCAAAACAGUAAAGCAGUAUCUUUUAUUUUUUACAAUAAUCUGUUUUUAGAGAAUCUCUUUUAAGUUCACCCCAUCUGUGUGUGUGUCCCCACAGCCCACACGCCAUCCUUCUCAGUGGCUUCAGACACCUCCAAUCAUGGGACCACCAAGCUCUUCCCACUGUCAGUGCAUUACUGGACGCCAGACUUGGGAGUACAGACGAAGGUCCUUGAUUUUUAUGAUGACAGUGAUGAAACAUCUGCCGCGAUCCACAACCAGAUAGUCACCAAGCUGGAGGAAAACGGACUGGGUCUAGACAUGAUAUCUGCGUAUUCCGCUGACAAUGCUAGUGUGAAUUACGGGAGAUACAACUCUGUCUUCCAGAAACUGAAAGAGAACAAUUGCAUUUUGAAGGCAAACUUUGUGGCCCACAUCGUUCACAACAGUGCAAAACACGCAGGAGAUCGGCUUAAUAUCAACAUUGAAAAUGUCGUUAACAAGACCUUUAGCCACUUCUCCUCAUCUGCCAAACGCACUGAGGAACUUAAGUCAAUUCGCACCUUUGUGGAGAUAGAGUACCAGUCCCUGCUUAGAAAUGUGCCCACAAGAUGGCUGAGCUUGUGUCCUGCAGUGAAGAGGCUUCACGACAGCUGGGCUCCUAUCAAGACCUACUUUCUCUCAUUGGGAGAGGACGGGUGCCCAAAGUCACUAUGGCGGCUGUUCAAGGAUGACCAGGAUGGUGAAGGCAACCCCCUGGAUCUACAGGUUUACCUGUCCUUCCUCAGCAAUGCGCUGAAGAUUUUCCACGACACUGUGCUGGUGCUGGAGCGAGAAGAUGGGACUGUCUGUGAGGGCUACGAUAUGAUGUUCACCCUAAAAACCAAGCUACAGCUACGACAGAGUGAUGGUUUCUUUGGGGCCCAGACGGAUGUACUCCUCCAGCAGUUUCCAGACUUACAGGCAGCUGUGCUCAGAGAGGACAUGUGCAACUUCUACCAGUCCUCUCUCACCUACCUGGAGCAGCGCUAUGACUUCUCAGACUCCAACUACCAUAAGAAAUUGUCUAGCCUGGCACUAAAGAAGAGCCCCUUCAACUUCUCCCAUCUCUGUGAAGCUGUAGCGGUCCUGCAGCUAAACAAGAAGUUGGACAUGGAUGCGCUAUAUGAUGAGUAUUGUGUCGUUCUGCCACACCAACAGGCCAUCGUGCAGUCUGGAGCUCCAGUCGUGGAGAAGUGGGCCACCUUACUCAAGCACACACACACACACACACACCAAACAUGACAGCAUUAGCUUCUUUCCUCUUGAUUGUACCAAUCACCAAUGCUUCAGUGGAGAGGGUCUUUUCACUGAUGACGGGAUGCUGGACGGACACAAGGAACAGAUGUUCGGUAAACCUCAUCAAGUCAGAAAUCCAGGUGAAGAGCAACUUCACAUUCAGUUGCCAGGACUUCUACACUUAUGUAGUGAAAGAGAAGGUUCUCCUCAAUGCUGCACGCUCCAACAAGAAAUGCAAGUUCAAGAAAGUAGAAACCUAGUUAUGUAAGACCCCAUUUGUCUAAGAUGAAGAUUGAUGUGCAAAUGUGUCACUUUACGGAAACAGUAGCCUUUUAGGUCAAAAUAUGUCAUUGUUUUUCAUAGGAUUGUAUCUUGGCACCAUUUUGUAUUGUUGUGACCUUGUGAUGGUGAUGGGUUUGCACUCCUCUGUCUAUACUGGAAAACCAUUUGGAAGCUUAUAAAAAUGAAUGUUGCUUUAAUUCUGUCUCUUAUCUUUCUUCCUUAUUUGAUUCAGAUGCUGGUGAAGAGGUUUGAGUCCCAAAGGUGUCCCCAAAGUCCUAAAGAUGUCCCCAGAACACUGAACAUUUUAUUUUCCUGCGCCUGCCUUUACUAACAUGCAAGUUCACCAUCCUUCCUCCCCCUUCUCGUUCCGUGAACCUCUGGAGUCGUGAGUUAAGACUUUUUUUUUUUUUUUUAACUGUUCCUGUGGUGUUGAGCAACUACAAUUCCUGUUAAUCCUAUAAUUUCACAUUAGAAUUUAUUUAAAGUGAAUAAAUUGUAGUGAAAAAUAAAUACAAUUAAAUAGCUAAAGUAAAUCGUGAGCGGAAGUGCAUCUGUGUGUCAAUUCAUUGAAUGUUCAAAGUAUUCUGAAUCUUUAUUUAGAAAAAAAUACACAUUGGUUGGCCUAUUCAUGAGCAUACAUCAGUAAUUACACAUGUUUAGGGGAAUAGGGCAUUUCUUAUAUAUCAUGUAAGGUGGUAUGUGCUAGAAAUGGGUAAACCACUAUCAGUGAGUCUGCCCGUGAAGUGGGGGCACCGCCGCACCAGGCAGUGUCCCCCAUUGUCCCCCCGAAACAUACCCCUUGUCCCCCCUUUGGCUUAUUAGCAGGUGGUCACCCUAAUGCCUAUGUGGAUUUGCAGACCAUCAACUACAUGACCAUCAUCAUCACUGUCCUCAGCAGUUGCAAGCAUGCUUGACGUUGACGUUGAUGAGGUAAUGACGUGGGAAAGUUCAUUUUCUUCUUCCGAGUCAGUCUUAAACAAAGAAAGGAAAAAUUCAAAUAUCAAUAGCAGCAUAUUGAAUAUCAAAAGCAAAGAUUUGAAAUUAAGCAAGCAAUAAACUGUACACUUCAUUUUCAAAGGAUAUUUAUAUAUUUUGCGUAAUUUAUUAAGUGGUAAACAACAAAAAGCUAACUUACUAAAAGGUUCCUUUAUGGUCUCACAUGCAGGGCUUUGGUUACAUAAACAUUAUGGAUUAACAUCCCAUUCAGCUCCUGUCCCUCCUGGAUCUUAGGGGACACCAGUUUAUUGCCACAAGCCAUUAGUAACUGGAUGCUACAAAGAAGAUGGGGAUAUUACAACAAAAAUGCUUUUAGAUUAGAUUAACAAUAUGUUGUACGCUGGUGUUACUUGAUUGUUUUUAAAUGGUCUAUAAAUAAAGAUUAUUAUGUUAAACAUACAAAUUAAGAAGAAAAAAAUAGGCCUUUACCUGACAUCCUCCGGAAUGUGCUCACCGAAGCCAUCCCUGAUGAGUUCUAUAACAAUCUGGUGGACCCAGGCCUUCUGGAAUUCAAAGGCACUGAGGGUGUGGCCAUGUUUGUGUAGCCGUAAUCUUGCACCUUGUUUGUACACUAUUCCCCAUGAUGGAUUGGCGAGUAGUAUUAUGUCCUUGUUGAAAUGGUUAUGCUGCUGUGCCCUAGCUCUGAAAUAAGAACGUAACUAGGCUACAUGAAAACAGCCUUAAAAUUACAUUUAUUCUUUGUUUUAUCACAAAUUCAGUAGUCGCCAAAACACAAUUAAAAUAAAGACGUCGACUCGCGUUGUGUACUGACAGGGACGCUGUAAGUAGGGGUAAUGCAGCCUCUGAUGAGAGGCUGCAAGUGCCCUUUACUUCGCAGAACAUUAAAUAUUCUUUCAAUUUUAAAUAGGCUAAUUUAAAUUGUAAAUAUUUUAUUCAAGUAGCAGAAGAAAAAUGUGCUGUCUUUGUAAAUGAUGAAAAGGGAUACAAACAAACACAACAUGUUGCAAAUAUCUUCAGUCACAGCUUGUGGCAGUGCGCUCCCUCAUGCACUUUUAAUUAAUGAUCGGGCUAUAAUAAGACCACGUUGACUAUGUAAUCGCGGACAAAAGGGGACAUUUCAUAUAGUGGAUUGUGAAAACCGGGACAUUUUAGUGUCCAAACAGGCUUUUGCUGGGACUCGGGACAUGCAACUCAAAAUCGGGACUGUCCCGGUAGAACCGGGACGUCUGGGCA